AUGUCGCUCUUUACAAAGACAGCCCUGUCGGGCCUACCAUCCAGUCCUAUUGCUCUUGCUCUGGUGUUAAUCGCUCUGCUGCUCAUUGUCAAACUCGCCAAGGUUGGCCGCAGACCUCCCGGUCUACCGCCCGGUCCUCCGACAGUGCCACUCCUAGGCAACUUGCAUCUUAUGCCCACCAAGAAGGCACAUUUGCAGUUCCAGAAAUGGGCACAAGAAUACGGGCCGGUGUAUUCCCUGAUGCUGGGCACAAAACCGGCCAUCGUGCUUUCUUCAGACACCGCCGUCAAAGACCUGCUAGACAAGAGAAGCGGCAACUACUCGGACCGACCUGACAUGUUCAUCGGGCAAAGAAUGGCCAGCGGAGACUUGAGACUCGUGGUUAUGAGAUACGGAGACAAGUGGCGAAUGGUCCAUCGCAUGAUCCACAACAUCUUGAAUAUAAAGGCCGCCGUGACGUACGUUCCGUAUCAGGACCUCGAGUGUAAGGUGCUGCUCCAGGGAUUGCUCGAUACACCAGCAGACCUCCUCUCCCAUAUCAGGCGGUUCACCUACUCUCUUUCCACCCAAAUGAUCUUUGGAUAUCGCUGCGCCGACAUGAAGGACCCGAAUCUUUUACAGCUGUUCGAGUGUUUUAGCAAUUGGGGCCAGCUCUCAGGGAGUUCAAGCGCACAGCUCGCAGACCUAUAUCCCCUAAUCCAGAAGUUACCUGACUGGAUCGCGCCGAACGUCCGCUACGCCAAGAAACUGCACAAGAUCGAAAGACGGUUAUAUGUCGGCCAUUGGCUAAGAGCGAAGAAUGCGCUCGAUGCCGGUACAGGACUGCCAUGCUUCUGCAAUGAUAUAUACCGGUCCCAGGUGGUCGAGAAGUUUGACGAUGGCCUUGCGGGCUACAUCAGUGGCUCACUGCUUGAAGCAGGCUCCGACACCACGGCAUCAACACUCUAUGGCUUUGUUCUGGCGAUGCUGGUCUUCCCAGAGGUGCAGAAGAAAGGUCAAGAGGAGAUUGAUCGAGUUGUGGGACCUGAUCGUCUGCCGACAAUUGACGACUACGAGCAGCUUCCCUAUGUCCGUUGCUGCAUCAAAGAAAGUUUGCGUUGGAUGCCUACCGUCAUUCUCGGUGUGCCUCACGCGUCGCUCAAAGAAGAUAACUAUAUGGGUUAUACUAUCCCCAAAGGCUCCACUGUGAUCAACAAUGUCUGGUCGAUUCACAUGGAUCCGAAACGGUCUCCCAAUCCACGAGUCUUUGACCCGGAGCGGUUCAAGGAUGACCAUACCUCUCUCUACCAGUCCGCCAUUGGAGACACAAAGAAGCGUGACAACUUCGUGUUUGGUGCUGGCCGUCGUCUCUGUCAGGGAAUCCACAUCGCCGAGAGAUCGCUCUUCCUGGCCAUUUCUCGAUUCUGGUGGGGCUUCAAUUUCUCUCCGGCAACUAACCUUGAUGGAACGCCUGUCCAGUAUGACAUUGACGAGCUGGUUGGUGGGAUCACGGUUCAGCCGGCUGACUAUCCUGCGUCCAUCACCGUCCGGAGUGAGGCAAAGGAGCGGAUUAUGCGAAAUGAAGUGGCAGAGUGCGAAAAGCUCCUAGAUCCGGUAACUCGACAGUGGAAGGAGGUGCCUAAAGGGAUGGCAUUCAGCACCUGGAUGCCGGAGAAGAUCGACGCUUGA